UAUCCGGAGGAAAUCCCUUCCAGGCACACCACUAAGCCAUUAUGUCACCUAUUACAUAUUGUUGUUGUUGUUGGUGGUGGUGGUGGUGGUGGUGCAUAGAUUGCAGUGGUGCCUCAACAGGAGAUUUGUGAAGAGCUUGGAUUCUGAUAGGGAUUACACACACACACACACACACACACACACACACAGAGAGAGUGAGAGAGAGAGACAGAGAGACAGACAGACAGACAGAGGAAUAAUCGGACUGUGGAUCAUGGCUCCUCCCGGGCUGAAAGCAAUUGUCGGAGAAAAGAUUAUGAAUGAUGUCAUCAAGAAGGUGAAAACUAAAGGAGAAUGGAAGGUGCUGGUGGUAGAUAAACUGAGCAUGAGAAUGGUGUCAUCCUGCUGCAAAAUGACAGAUAUUUUGUCUGAAGGAAUUACAAUUGUUGAGGACAUCGCUAAACGGCGUGAACCCCUUCCCACUAUGGAGGCCAUUUAUCUUUUAACCCCCUCUGAUGAGUCUGUGGAGGGACUCAUUAAUGAUUUCAGAGAUCCCCGUGCCCCAUCAUACAGAGGAGCUCAUGUCUUCUUCACAGAUGCAAUCCCAGACUCUUUGUUCAGCCUCCUCACCAAAUCCCGAGCAGCCAAAGUGAUAAAGACUCUGACUGAGAUUAACGUCGCCUUCCUGCCCUAUGAGUCACAGGUGUUCUCUGUGGACAGAGUCAAUGCCUUUCAGGACUUUUACAGCCCUUAUAAAGCAGAUGUGAAAAACCAGAUGCUGGAGCGCUUGGCUGAGCAGAUCGCCACCCUCUGUGCCACCCUGAAAGAAUAUCCAGCUGUCCGAUACAGAGGAGAGUAUAAAGACAGUGCCAUUCUGGCUCAGAUGCUGCAGGACAAACUGGAUGGCUACAAAGCUGAUGAUCCCACUAUGGGUGAGGGACCAGAUAAAGCCCGCUCUCAGCUUCUGAUUCUGGACAGAGGAUUUGAUCCUGUCUCUCCAGUGUUACACGAGCUCACCUUCCAGGCCAUGGCCUACGACCUGCUGCCCAUCGAAAAUGAUGUCUACAAAUAUGAGACAUCUGGAAUGGGAGACACUCGUAUGAAGGAAGUGUUGCUUGAUGAAGAUGAUGACCUGUGGGUCACGCUCAGGCACAAACACAUCGCUGAAGUCUCCACGGCUGUGACAAAAUCGCUAAAGGACUUCUCUUCUAGUAAAAAGAUGAACACCGGAGAGAAGACCACCCUAAAGGAGCUGAGCCAGAUGCUGAAGAAGAUGCCGCAGUAUCAGAAAGAACUGAGCAAGUACUCUACUCACCUGCACUUGGCAGAAGACUGUAUGAAGCAGUACCAGGGCACAGUAGACAAACUCUGCCGCGUGGAGCAGGACUUGGCCAUGGGUGCAGACGCAGAAGGAGAGAAGCUCAAAGAUCCAAUGAGAGCGAUCGUGCCAAUCCUCCUGGACUCUAACAUCACCAUCUUCGACAAGAUCCGUAUCAUUCUCCUCUACAUCUUCCUCAAAAAUGGUGUAACUGAGGAGAACCUUUGUAAACUUCUGCAGCAUGCGCAGAUCCCUCCAGAGGACAGCGACAUCAUCUCGAACAUGGCUCAUUUGGGAAUGCCAGUCAUCUCGGAACAAUCCACAACACGGAAGAAGAAAGCUGAUCGUAAGGAAAGAAUCAGCGAACAGACCUACCAGCUCUCCAGAUGGACUCCUCUGGUGAAAGACAUCAUGGAGGAUGCUAUUGAAGACAAACUGGAUCCGAAGCAAUAUCCAUACAUCUCUACACGUACAGCCUCGUGCAAAACCACAACCGCUACCAGUGCACGGUAUGGAAACUGGCACAAGAAUAAAAGCCCAGGAGAAAUGCGAACAGGUCCUCGGGUCAUCGUCUUCAUCAUCGGGGGCGUGACCUACAGCGAAAUGCGCUGUGCCUAUGAGGUCACACAGGCCAAUGGCAAAUGGGAGGCUCUGAUUGGUUCUACACACAUCAUCACCCCCAAUAAUUAUUUAAAGGAGUUGCAGCACCCAGACUUCCUGGACCCUAACGCAGCUCCAGAGGACCAGGUCACCACUGAAGACUGAGAUAUUUUGCAAGCUACACUACAUCCUUAGAAGCAGUUAGUCCCUUGAUCCUUUAUUAGACCUUAUCAACUGACAUGGUGCUGGUGCAUAAUUUUGUCCAAAAGAAAAAAGAAAAGCACAACAUGUCCCCCCCCCCCCCCCUCAAUUUCCAGUGAUGUUCAAGAUCAUCCAUAAAUCCAUUUUCUAUACUGCUUAUCCUACACAGUUUCACGGGGAGCCUGGAGCCUAUCCCAGGGAGCUCCGGGCACAAGGUGGGGGUUCAAGGUCACUUAAUGAGAAAUCCAAUGUAGCGCCAGAAUGCAAGUCAGACAGACUAAAGGAAUUAAGUAUUGCUGCUCUUAAGGUAGAGAUCCAGCAAGGGCGAAUCCUGCACUCCAUUUACAGGAAUUUGGAAUAAUGUAAUUCUGUGCAUUCGAGCUACAAAGUGGGAAAGAAACACAGAAAUCUCUGUUCUUUGGCUUUUCUUAACAUCAAUGUAAUCAGCUAAUUGUGAUGAACGAUAUAUUUACCUCAUCAAAACAGCUAAUUGUUUGGUCAGUGUGACAAAUAUAACUCAAAUAUAAGCAAAUAUAUCUGUAUGUCGAUUAAUCUAAGGCAAAUACUUGUAUAUACAGUAUAAUUCAUUGCAAUUUUUUUUUUUUUAAGUGCUAUUUUGUUUACUGUUGAUGCUGUGAGCAGCCAUGGUGAUACGAUGUCAUGUCAUGUCCUGAACUCGGGGUUGAGAGACCAUCCCGUGUUUCUGAGAACUAAUUCGGAGUUAAAAAUUCCAAGAGGUUUAGUUGAACGCAACAAUCAUCCCAAUGCACCACUAUUAGCAUGUUGUUAAACGGCAUUGUGCGUAAUGUAAGAAACAAUUAGCCAAAAAGUUGUAAAAGCCAGCUCAGAAUUGCAUUAAAUAAAUCAUGGACGGACGUCAUUCAGGGUGGAUUUUCUUCUUCUUCUUCUUCCUUUUUUUAAAUUUAUUUAUUUAUUUAUUUAUUUAAAAAAAGCAGACUCCAGCACUAUGUCAGUGAGAAAGAGGUAUAAAUGUCCAACCCAGAGACACACUCCCUUCUGGGGACAUAAAUAAUAUUUCAAUUUCAUUUAUAUUCAUUAAAAAGUUUCACAGUCAUUCCAGUUUAGAAUGCAAUACAAUGGUGAUUUUUUUUUUUUCAUAGCUUGUGUAGAUUUUCUGUAAGAACAUCAGAGAGAUGUAUUCCUGCUGCUUCUGAUGAUCAGGUCUGCAGUAGACUUUAAUUAAAAACCCUGUGUUUAUAGAUACAGAGCUGCAGAAACGCGUACACUCUCGCUUGAUAUCUGACAUUUAUUAAAUAGAUCUGUAAUAUGGCUGUGUAUUAAAAAAAAGCUCUCAAAGGCAAAUUGGACAGUGUAGAUCUGCCACUCAAUGUUUUUCAUACACUUACAUAACUCGUCACGUAGGGUGAAUCAAUACUACCUCCACUUUAAUCUCGAUAUAACAAUUCAGCUAAAUAUAUCCGUGUGAUGAGGUGAGCAAUCGUGCAUCAGCUGAGUUACUGUGUAGAUGAGGAACAUGAGUAGAUGUCUAGCAUUGUCGAAUUAUAUAAUUGAUAGAAUAGUUUUGAAUUAAAUUGGUGAAUUUUGGGCCUGUACAUGAUCCAGUAUAUGAGGAAAAACACCUAAAAUAUGAAUUAAUUAAAUAAAAACAAUUUGGAAUUAUAUAGGAAAUUGUUCUGUUUUUUUAGUAUGUAUUAACAGAAUUAUUUUAUAGUUAUUUGUAAUCAUGCAUUUCUUGGGAUACACUUUUAGUUCAUCUUCAGGUUAAAUCUUCAGGUUCAUUGAUUGUGAGUUUGAAUACAUUUUUUUUCUGUGGUCUCCAGUACCCGUCUUGUAUAUUUUGUGACAGUGUUAAAUGAUGUGAUGCAUUGUGUUUCUAUGUCCAUCUCAAUUCUUACAUUUAACACAUUAUUAAUCUUCCGUGAUGGUGUUUGUUGAAAGUUUGUUUCUUAUUUGCUCUAGUUUAUUUCUCUUCCUCAAACAUCUGUCACAUG